CGGGACCGGGUGGAAGAGCGGAAGCGAGCCUGCUCUGCUGCUUCGGCGAGCGGGCGGCAAGCACCGAGGCCGAGGCGCUGACGGCGGCCGGGGGCACAGCAGCGGGCUGGGCGGCCCCGGGCAGCGCGGCGGAGGGCGGGCCGGGCGCUGAGCGAGCAGCAGCGCCGUGGGUGGCAUUGUGUGUCCCAGUGUGCAGCUUAGUCCCAGAAGAGAGGAGAGGCUGAACCCAGAGCUCUUCAGCAGGGAAGAUUCCCUUCCCCCCCGCUUCAGGCUGCUGAGCACUGAGCUACGCUCAGAAUGGAAGCCAUCGCCAAAUAUGACUUCAAAGCUACUGCUGACGAUGAGCUGAGCUUCAAAAGGGGGGACAUCCUUAAGGUUUUGAAUGAAGAAUGUGAUCAGAACUGGUACAAGGCAGAACUCAAUGGGAAGGAUGGCUUUAUUCCCAAGAACUACAUAGAAAUGAAGCCACAUCCGUGGUUUUUUGGCAAAAUCCCCAGAGCCAAGGCAGAAGAAAUGCUUAGCAAACAGCGGCAUGAUGGGGCCUUCCUAAUCCGAGAGAGUGAGAGUGCUCCUGGGGAUUUCUCCCUCUCCGUCAAGUUUGGAAAUGAUGUGCAGCACUUCAAGGUGCUCCGAGAUGGAGCUGGGAAGUAUUUCCUCUGGGUGGUGAAGUUCAAUUCUUUGAAUGAGCUGGUAGAUUACCACAGAUCAACAUCCGUGUCAAGGAACCAGCAGAUAUUUCUACGGGACAUAGAACAGGUGCCACAGCAGCCAACAUACGUCCAGGCCCUCUUUGACUUUGACCCCCAGGAGGAUGGUGAGCUGGGCUUCCGCCGGGGAGACUUCAUCCACGUCAUGGAUAACUCAGACCCCAAUUGGUGGAAGGGGGCUUGCCACGGGCAGACCGGCAUGUUUCCCCGCAAUUAUGUCACCCCUGUGAACCGGAACGUCUAACAAGCAAAAGAGAUUAUUUAAAGAAAGUGAAAAGUUGAAAACAUACACAAGAAUUUCCCCACAGGCUGCUACAGCCUUUGAGGGCGCUCGGAACACCUGGCUGGGUCCACUGCUGACCCGCACUUUGGUUGGAACUUUGGGGGGUGGGAAAGGGGGUAUUGGAUUUCAAAAAAUGCCAAAACUUAACCUAUUGAAGUAAGAGUUUUUAUUACAGAAUCUCACCGCUGCUCCUGUUCCCCUUCCUGUGUCCUUUUUCUCUUCCUUUUUUCUCCUGUCCUUCAGUGCAUGACAUUUAGGCCACAUAUAGUCCCAGCUGAUGCCAAUAAUAAAAGAAAAGAAACCAAGUGGGCUGGUAUUUUCUCUAUGCAAAAUGUCUGUUUUAGUGGAAAUGACUGAAAGAACAGUGUUCUUUGUAUAUACACACAAAAAGGAGCAGGCAGGGCCAGGGCACCUGGGGUCUCCUGGUUUGGUUUCUGCCAGAAAUGCCUGAGGGCAUCCUGCUUCCAUCCCAAGCCCAGGACAAGGCACUCCAUCAGAGUUGGGGACGGAGGUGUGCUGCCCACCUGUGGCUUCCUGAGGACUGCAAACCUGCACCUCUUCCACUUUGUUUCCCUUCAGGUGUUGUUAUGAGGAUGUUGUUUUUCAUAGUGCCUUUUUCCUUAUUUCAAGGGUUUCCUACGAGUGAUGUUUUUAUGUUUUGUUUUAAAAUAAGUUAAAGACAGUCCAGAGUUUUUCAGCCAAAAUGUCUCCUGUCCUGUACAAGUAUUUUCCCUCAGGGGAGGAGAAAAUGGGGAGAGAAAGGAGACAGAAACAGAGGGUCUGGGUGUUCCCCUGCUUGGUCUAGGCCAGAAGCCUCGGCACAUUCAGCUUUAAUAUUUGUAAGGCCCGUGGGAGUGAGGGACACCAGCCGGAUGCAGUGGGAAUAGUUGUAGUUUCCACACACCUGGCAGAUACAGCUGUAGGGAUGUCAAAAUACUUGACCUCCAGGUCUCAGGUGUGGUCUGCUCUUUCUGUCCCCAGAGACACACAAAUCCCCAGAGCCAGCAAGUGUUAAACAGGAAAGCUUGAGGAGCAGUUAGCAUCCAAACUGGUCUCCCUUGGCUUCCCAAGCCCAACUGCAUUCCUGCAGUCAAGUGGGAGUUGAGAGUAGUGGCCUUUCAUUUUGUUUGCUCUUAAAAUUAAUUCCUCGUUCUCAACUCGUGUGUCCACGGGGGGGCAGUGGCACAAGUAGCGGGGUUGUGGGUUGGUCAUGUUCCUGUUCACCAUGAGCUGUGUUUGCAGCCUGCCAUCCCCCCUCCCAGGACAGUGGAGAAGGUGUAAGCCGCUGCAGAGCUCUUAUAUGUGUCUCCUGUCAGCUUUUGAUCCUUUGUAGUCACAUGCCUGUAAACUGUUUCUCUCUCCCUUGAAGUUGGUGGUGGUCUUAGGCCUCUGGAUUCUGCAGGGUGGGGUCUCCUCUGGACUCUGUUUUGGAGAUGGACUCAGCCUGAAUCACCCCCAGGCCCAGGAGGUGGCGGCCCUUUGGGAUGGAUCAUGUUCACACCUCUUCUGGCUCCAUCAUUCUCCUUCUCCUUUCCCUGCUGAUGAUGAAAGGAAUCUGGUGUUCCACAGCUGGACCAUUUGAUUGUUUUAUUUUGGAAUUGGUGUAUAUCAUGAAGCCUUGCUGAACUAAGUUUUGUGUGUAUAUAUUUAAAAAAAAUCAGUGUUUAAAUAAAAAGACCUAUGUACUUAAUCCUUUAACUCUGCGGAUAGCAUUUGGUAGGUAGUGAUUAACUGAAUAAUAAACACAAUGAAUUCUU